AUGCCCACACCCAAUGCCUCUGCCCCUCUUCUCACACCCUCCUGUGUCAACACCUCUGGAGUCAGCGUGCUAAGUGGUGAUGAUGCGGCAGCUCCUGUUGAUUCCCUGGCCUUGAGGGUCGUAGUCGCCCUGGCCUAUGGACUCGUGGGGGCCACCGGCUUGCUGGGAAAUCUUGCUGUAUUGUGGGUACUGGGUGGCUGUGCUCAGAAGGCCUCUCGCCUGUCUUCUGACACCUUCGUCUUCAACCUGGCUCUGGCGGACCUGGGGCUAGCCUUCACUCUCCCCUUCUGGGCAGCGGAGUCAGCGCUGGACUUCCACUGGCCCUUUGGAGGUACCCUCUGCAAGGUGGUCCUGACAGGCACUGUCUUCAAUGUCUACGCCAGCAUAUUCCUCAUCACGGCACUGAGUGUGGCCCGCUACCGGGUGGUGGCCAUGGCUACAGGCCCUGGUACCCACCUCUCACUAUUCUGGGCUCGUGUGGCUACCCUGGCAGCAUGGGUGGUGGCUGCCCUGGCGACGGUGCCCACGGCUGUCUUUGGGGCCGAAGGUGAAGUGUGGGGCGUGCGCCUGUGUCUGCUCCGCUUUCCUAGCAGGUACUGGCUGGGGGCUUACCAUCUGCAGAGGGUGCUGCUGGCCUUCGUAGUACCUUUGAGCAUCAUCACCACCAGCUACCUGCUGCUGCUGGCCUUCCUGAAGCGACGACCGCGGCAAUGGAGAGAAAACAGGGUGGUGUCCCAUUCUGUCCGUGUUCUGGUGGCCUCCUUCUUCCUCUGCUGGUUCCCCAACCACGUGGUCACUCUCUGGGGAGUCCUGGUGAAGUUUGACCUGGUGCCUGGGGACCGUACUUUCUACGCACUCCAUACCUACGUUUUCCCUGUUACUACUUGCCUGGCACACAGCAACAGCUGCCUCAACCCUGUGCUGUACUGUCUCCUAAGGCGGGAACCCCGGCGGGCCCUGCUGGACAUUUUCAGGAAUCUGCGAGAGAGGCUGUGGGCCCGGGACCAGGGCUGUGCGGAGCAGGUGGCCCUUAAGGAGGUAGGAAGGCAGUGGGCAGUAGACACUCCCCAGACUGAGUCCUCCACCAUGGUCACCAACUUGGAUAAGGGGAUAUCUGAGUACAGGAGUCCAAGCUGA